GUACCUAAGUACAUAUAUUUCAUAUAGCAUUGACUGACGGCAAAUACAGAAUAUCAAGUCCGAAAAAAGCAGUGCAUAAGAUACCGGGGUACAUAAAUGCAACUCAGAUGAAGGAUCAUAGCCGUAUGCCGUAUGACUCAGAUUAUACGAUUUAGUACCUAAAGUGCUACUUAUAAAGCUGAUACUUGGGAUGAUAGCGUCCAGAUAGGCUCCUGGAAAUAACAAUCAGGCUUUUUCUCAUUCUCUUUUUCAUCUCACACAACUUGAUGCCAAUUAUGUCUAGACAUGCUUGGAAGAUAGAGCUCGUACCAUGGGACCCCUCGAGUUCGGAGCAUGUACAAAGGAUGUAUGAUCAGCGUGUGGCUUGUGGAUGGAGAGCCGAUGAAGUACCCCAGUGGGUAGACGCCGCAAAGAAAGGCGAAAAGAUAUUCUAUUGGGCUGUGUUUUCGGAUACAGUCCCGGACAGGGACGCGCUGAUUAAGAAGCACAUCGAAGCCUACCCGAAGGAGUCGACUCCAUUGAGAGAGACGGCAACAGAAGUUCGGCUUGUUCCGCGGCAACCAACUAUGGCCGAAUUCAUCCCAAUUGGCCACGUUUGCGUUGCCAUCCACGAACCUGAGGACGAUGUGAAGCUGGGUCUUCCACCUACCGGAACAGUCUGGAUUCACGGGCUCUACAUCUCGCGUGCUCUGCAUGGUGGUGGGUUUGGCGCCGGGACCAUGUCUAGAACCGAAGAAAUAGCCACACAGAGCCCGAUGAACGCAAAAAUAGUGGCGCUGGACACCUUAUCAAAGGAAUCGCAGACUGAACCUGAGACACGGGAGAUUCUAUAUGGAAGUGGGCGUAUUCCUGAGCCGAGAGUUCCCAACGAAGACUGGUAUGUUCGUCUCGGGUAUGAGGUGUUUAGAAAAGGAGACGACAUCUUUGUGACAGUCACGGAGGGUGAGAGAAUGCCAAUGAGUCAGGGGAUUCAUAAAAGUUUAGAAGCUCUGGGUGGGACGCUGUCCCUUCAUGGUAGCCUAUAGCCUCAUAGUUGAUCGAUUGGAGUUUGACCGCGGGAGUUGAAAUGAUUGACACCACCAUGUCUGGUAUGUACCUCUUCUCCGUGCUCGCAUGCUAUCUACAUAGAAGAGGAGCAGUAGGUGU